CUUCGCCGAGGAUGGUUCACGCGCGCGCGUUCUUUUCUUCUCUCUGCUGUGUAUUACCAAAAUAAUAUCAAACUGCUGCUGGCUGCGACGGCGGUGAGUUGUCCGGAAUAACAUCACCACACGAGAGGACACUGUGCACACUUCGGAAUAACUACGGUGCGAAUAAGGGUGGUUGGGUGUGUGCGUGGUGCGUGUGUUCGCACACAUACAAGCGCCCGGUCGUCGGAGAAUUCCGAGACAAGUGGGAGAGUUCCAGCAGACCGGAUCAGACGUGAAGACCUGCAGUCGUCGUCGGUCACGGUCGCGGAGGCCGAAAUUUUCCUACUGUCCACACUGUGUCUCCUGUGUAUUCUGUGUCUGUCCUUGGAAUUUUCCUGGCAUCCUGGCCAUCUUCCUCUCGCGGGACCGACUUCCGGCUUUGUAGUGUGUCCCGUCGCUGUCGCUUUUGCUCCUACUAGAAACCUCCCUCUCUCUCUGUGUAGUGACCUCUGUCGGUAGUUUUGUGUGUCCGGCAGGAUUUCCGGUGCCAGUGUUCCGUCCCCCGAGUGUCCACGAGGAGUUUCGGUGCGAAAUUCGACCUUAAACGUGUGCAAAAGUGCUCAUGUUGACCACCUAGACGAAACAAGUGCUUAUGCAUCGCUAGCGUAACAAUUCGCGAAAAGAAGAUAUAAAAGGAAUAGCUAAAAAAAAAACGUUCAAGCGAAAACAACAAAACCAGUCGACUUAAAGUCGACUCAAAAGGAAGAAAAAACCAACCAAAAAUCGAAUCCUUAAAGAAGUGAGAGUGUGUCGGAAGACGGAAAAGUAUUUCCAAUUUUCCUCGCUUUCUCUCUGUGUGUGCGAGUCGGGUUUGCUUUAUCUCGGAAAAUUCCUCCAAAGUCGACCAAGUCGAUAUCGUGCGUGAGUUCGCGUGUGAGUGGGGUGCGGUGUUUUUUGUAUUGUGGAAAUUUCGGAGAAUUCGCGUUUUUCGCUGCGUCGUCGUCGACGAUAAGGAAGAUAGUCGUUUCUUGCAAACGGUGCGUUUGAGCUUCCGGCAUAGGCAGAAAGGUUAAGAAAGGAAGUCAAUUUUCGGCUGAUAAAGUUCAAGUAGACAGUUUCGGGUGAGGAUAUAAACCCCGGAGGAGAUAAAAAAAGGAGUAACGGCGCACCAAGUCGCGGGUGAAAGUGCCAAGUGACGUCGCCCCUUGAGCAGCAGCCUCCCUCAAAGGAAAGGGGAAGGAGGUCGGAGUGAUAAAAACCGUAAAAGGCUCCCCGACAUCAACGGCAACAACAAUUACUCAACACUGUGAAUUCCGCGCCGCACUACUCCGAGUGGGAGAGGGGCCGCAAAAACGGGGGUCGGCCAUAAAUUAAGGGACUAUGACCCCCUCCGGGUGCGCCACGUUCCGACGACGGUGGAGAGGAUAUAAAGCAAAUAAAUAAUCAUCAUUAUUAUCAUAAAAUAUAAAAGCACACAGUUUUACACGGAAGCCGGCGUGAGGGGAAGUGGAAAAUUUGUACUUAAAAGUGCCAACAGUUAAGGUGAGGGCGGCUCCCACUCAUUAAGUCAUCAAAAACUAGUGAAUAAUUUAGUCCGUGUGUUAAGAGAGCGCAAAGGGGAAAUGAAGUGAUAAAAAUUAAACAGCAUUUAAUGAAAAGUUGAGAGUAGAAAAAGCUGUGCUGUGGAAAGUUUCACACUUCAUCUGCUGAAGCUUUCGUGCUGCUGCUGCGAGUACCUACCUUAAUAGUGCACCCUAUUCUGUCCUUUUAAGAGCUACACGAAGCGAGAGUCCUUCUCGAAAGUCCUUCCAUUUUCUGGCAACCAACGUACGAACGAUCGUGGGUGUGUGUAUGUGGAAAUUGUAGAACCUCCCACACCCCCUCAACUAAACACAACACAUCACACAUCAUCCCUCCUCGCAGCAAUUCUGGCAACACUGUCCCUCCCUCCUUCUCUGCGCAAGAAAAACUACUAUAACUAUGCGAUUAAAGUGUUGAUUCUUCUUCGACUAUAAAACUCACUCUCUCGCUCUCGUCGUAAUCUCUUUCUACGUUUAACGGCUGCUCAAACUUUCACCCACAACAACUCUUACGGUUACGGGAAAGUGUGUGUGUUCCGGUGUGGCAAAGUGAUCAAUUAGUAAUAUCAGUGUGCAGAGUUGCCAACCAUCACCUUUUGGAGCCCUAACUUGGAUGGAUUACACAGGACGGAGCUGAAUCUCCCACCCUUUGGUGUGAUUGCUGAACGACAGAGACAACACUGAUGACGUCAUGAUACCGAACGUCGAUCAGCGCAUUUGGAUUAUAUUUUGUUGGUACCUCGUUCUACAAUGUUUCUUCGCCGGUUACGACGUCGUCUCGACGUCAUCGGCGGCCGCUUCCUCGCCAAACCACGAGGCGGCCGCCCUGGACCAGAGCCUCCGGCUGCUAGAUGACGCUGAGCUGGAGAUGCUCGGCAUCCGACGCCCUCCCGGAAGGAGCGGCUCGACAUACCAUGAAACCGUCACCACCACCACCACUUCGUCCCCAUCGUCGUCCCCCUCGUUGUCCCUAUUCGCCCCAAGUAGAGGUAGCGCUAGGAUAAACAAUAAUCGUAAGAUAAAUUUAGUGUCUUAUACAGCGAAUCUAGAUAAUAUUUUAAAUAGUCUCGAAGACGAGGAUGAGGAGGAAGAUCGGGAAGAUCUGGAAGAUGAUCUGGACGAUCUGGAGGAGGUCGUCAACCGGAUCCCGGUCAGUGGUGCCAAACUGUACGAGCGAAACCACGAAGCGGCCAACGCGGUUCAACACCGACUAUUAGUUAAUCAAAUUGUCCAAAAGUACUACCCCUCGAGGAACCACCGGCGCCAUCGGAGGUCGUCCGCCCUGCGACGAUCGGCGCGGAGUUCCGACUUAACGCCGGCUUCUUCUUCUACUUCUCCUUCGUCAACGCCAAAGCCACCGACGGAAUCUAUUGUAAAGCAACCUUCUUCUUCUUCCUCUUACCAAAACAACCAACACCACCAAAGUAGUAGCGUUAAUUAUAGAACAAGUGACGAACACGAACAACAACAAGACUCCGACAACUCCGACGACAAGCCGGAAACGGAGGGCGACGGGAAGAAGAUGGCUGUGAAAAAUGCGAUUAGGAGUAAUAAUAGUGAGCAUAAUUUUGUAAGAAACGCGACGCUGGCUAAUGCACAACAUUCAUCAUCCGACAAGAGUCGACAAGGGGAUGAGGAGGCCACAGAUGUUGUGCCGGAAGUGGGCCAAGACCAACGGGAAGCUACGACCGCGACGGAGACUAAUACAUCAACCAUGGGAGCAGUUACGGCGACGCAAGCGGUGAAGGUCGCCGAGGCUGCGACGACGGAACUGACAAAACCAGAGAGAACUGCCCAGCAGGCAGCAGAUGCCGACGCACACCGAACAAUGACACCCCAGGAACAACAGCGGCCACAAACUAGCUAUGGCAGCAGCAGCAGGGCCAUUAAUGUCGACAGUUUCAAUUUGCUCGACGAUAGCGUUUCCGUCAGCAACAGAAGCACCGGCAGCAAAUCAUCGUCGUCAACUGGCAACACUGCCGGCAAGGAAGACCCGCCCAAGCAGCAGCAGCAUCACAGUAAUAACAUAUUUGCGAGUGAAAACUUUGACGAGCAAAUAAUUUUCUUGAACGGCGGAGAUCUGCUGGAGGCCAACAGUGUCGAGCAGUACGACCUGCGUCAGUUCGGGAAGGUCGAGCGGGACGUGAAUCACGAGUUCAUGGCGGACGAGCCGGUGGCACUGCCGUUGAGGCCCAUUAUCCGGGGUCCGUCGGAUGAGCACUCGUCCGGGGAGGACAACAUGGUCAUCGUAUACGCCGAGCAGCACGAGACGGCAACGCUGGCCUGCGAGGUGGACGCCGACAUCACUUCGAGCGUGUGGCUCAAGGACGGCCAGAUGGUGCAUCUGAUGGACAACAAAAAGUCACGGAUGUCGGAUGCGGACACGGUGCGGUUCGCGCGGGAGUCCCACGGGGGUAUCACGAUCUCCAAUGUCAUGAUGGAGGACGACGGGGUGUGGCAGUGCGAGGCGGAGAACGCCCGGGGCUUCUUCUUCAACGGGCGGCCGAUUAAGCUGGUGGUGUUGGAUCCGCCCAAAGAGCCGUACCUGCUGAUCGACCAGCGACGCCUCGACGCCGGAAACAUGUUCAUCCCGGUGAAGGAAAACUCCGAGCUGACGCUGGCCUGCGUCAGCGAGGGCGGAAAUCCGAAGCCGGUGCUGAGCUGGGAGGUGCUGCUCAGCCCCGGGAUCGACCGGCACGCGCAAAAGGUGUCCAACGACGUGCUCGAGCUGCAGGAGAUCAAGCGGGAGAAGGAUAAGGAACCGUCGUACAAAAUAAACACCGGUGCCAUCUCGGAGGCGAAACUUCCGGCCGUGUUCCGCGUGCAUCACAACGCGCGCAUCCUCUGCGUCAUGGAGCAUCCGACGCUCAAAAUGCGCCAAAACGCCUCGAUCCUGCUCGACGUGCAGUACACUCCGUCGUUUGCCAUCACGAGGACGCCCGGCUUUGGCUACCCGCUGCGGGAGGGCAUCGAAGUUUCGCUCAAGUGUGACGUCGACUCGAAUCCGCCGUCGCCGCCGCUCUGGCAAAAGGACGACGGUGACACGCCGGUUCCGCAGACCGGCGACGGAUUCCUCAACUUCAGCUCGAUCCGCCGGGAGCACUCCGGCUGGUACAAAUGCACCUCGCGCCACCUUAACUUCCAGUACUCCAGCAUUGGCUACUACCUGAGCGUGAGAUACGACUCCGUCGACGUCACGUCGGAACCAGUCGAGCAGGACUUGCCACUGUCCUCGUCAUCGUCGUCCUCGUCCGCGUCCUCGUCGGCGACUUCCGCUGCAGCUGGCGGUGGUGGCGGCGGCGGCGGCGGCAUUGGUGGCCUCCCAAAUGGUGCCAACAAUUUCAAAGGUGGCCAAAUGGAGGUGGAACUCGGUGGCUCCGUCACGCUCCAGUGUCCGCAGGGUUCCCUCGGCUGCUGGUCCCAUUUGGAUCCGAUAACGGCCCGACUCAAGGGGCUCGGCGUCGGCAUCUCCACCCCGACCGGCCAGUUCUCGCUGAAGGACGUCGUCUACCAGGACGCCGGCACGUACAAAUGUGUCGGCCAGAGUGCGGCCAAUCGCAAAAAGCUCGAAGUGCUGCAAACGGUCUCGAUUGCCGUUAAAGGCGCACCGACGGUGAUUGCUCGGAACACAACCCCGGUGGCCUUUCCGGGCUCGCCGCUGCAUCUGGCCGUCGAGUUUUGCGCCAAUCCGCCGGCGUACGCGGCCCGCUGGCUCCACGGCGAUCUCGUGUACACCCCGGGCAAAAAGUACGGCGACGAUGUGCUGGCCUACGGAUUCAUUGACCUCCCGACGCCGUUCUGCAAGGAGGCACGUCUGACGUACGUGCACAUGCACGAGAAGGUCCCGCGGACGUUCUACUUUAUCGUUUCGUCGCCAGGUGGCGUCGCGGAAGCGAUCUUCAACGUGAACUUUACGCUCAAGCACAAAGCAUCCUCCUCCUCGUCGGGUCCAGGGUCGUCCUCGUCAUCCGGUGGGGGAGGCGGUGGUUCCGGAACGUUCGGAUCGGUUGGCCCCUUUGGCUCGUCGCUGUCCUCGGCCGGUGGAAGCCUCAGCAGUGGUGGUUCCGGCUACAAAAUCAACACCAACACCAUCAACAACCUACCACCGAACGGGAACGGGCUCGGCGAUGGGGGCGAUGGGGACGAGGAGCUGAUGGAACCGGAAGAGAUUCAUUUUCCCAUCUUUGGGUCGGGCGCUGCUGCGAGUUGGCGCCACUUUACCGCUACUACUGCUAUCACUACUGCUGCAACUAUUGCUACCACAACUACCACUACUAUUGCUACUACUCUUUAUCGUUGUUACUCCGUACUCCUACUAGCAUUGUUGACGUGUUUUAGAUAUGUUUUAUAUUAAAAAAGAAGGUAUUAAUUAACAAGUAAUUAGCAAUUAAGUGGGCAAGAAUGUGUGGGAAAAUGGAAUGAACUGGGUUUAGUUGAACGAGUAAAAUGUGAGAUAAAAGAUAAUGUGA